UCUCGACGUUACUCUCUUUCCCAAAAAUAAGAAAACAGUCCUCUCCGAGUCUCCCCCCUUUCCUUCUCCUCCAAAUUCCCAUCCUACCCCUCACAAAUCUCCCCGCCGGCCACGCUGGAGACUCAACGCCGCUUCGAUGGUCCGCAGGAUCACCGGAACUCCGCAACGGCCGACAGAGGCCGGAGUUCCGAUAGCGCCCCCGUGAACGGGGGCAAUGUCGACAAAGUCCUCUUCAAAAACCUCGUCGAAAUGGUUCCCCUCGUCGAAUCCCUCAUGGAUAGGAGGGCAAAUUCGUCUUUUACUAGGAGAGCGUCGAUGGUUUACACUCCCACUCCUGCUCAACUGAAGAAGGUUUCUGAUUCCAGAUCUAGAAAGACAACUCCUGGUAAGAAACAAAGGGAUAAUGGAAACAAGCUCCAACAUGGUAACCAAGGUGGCUCUGUGGAUGACUGCUCGGAAAAUGUUCAGAAGGAUAGGUUUGAGUUAACUUUGUUGAGGGAACAGGUAGAUAGCCUGCAGAGGAAAUUAUUGGAGAAAGAAGAAGCACUAAAAACUGCAGAGGAUUCAGCAAAGCAAAUGAACAUGGCUUAUGUUUCAAUUAAUGAAUUGAGGCACCAGGUUGCGGAAAAGGAUGCAUUGAUAAAAUCAGCUAAUUCAGAAUUAUACAAUGCAAAGAUUAAGCUUGCUGACAAGCAAGCAGCUCUGGAGAAAUUGGAGUGGGAGACAAAGAUGUCAAAUAGAAAAGCUGAGGAACUUCAAGAUGAGUUUGUUUCUAUGGACUUAGAGAUAACUGCACUGAUGCAGAUAUUUGAAGAACUGUCGAAGAAUAGUACAGCUGCAUCGUCUGAUGAUAAGAUAACUUCUUUACAUUAUUUUGAACAUAUUUCACCUAUACAGGAUAGUGUUGAUGAGAUGGAUUUGAUGCAAAUGGAAGAGGCACGAAGCCACUACUUGGCAGCUCUUGCUGCUGCAAAGGAGAAUCCAAGUGAUGAAUCAUUAGCCAUAGCAGCUGAAGCCAGACAAAGGCUUCAGGCUUUUGCAUUUUGAACCAGCAGCAGUAAUUAGCGGGUUGUUGUAUCACUGCACAUAGUGGUUUCGUUGGUACUUUUCCAUAAACUGGACGCUUAAUUUAUAGUGUAAUGGUUAAUGUGUUUGUAUUAGUCCUUUUCGCAGAUAUGGAAGUUCAUAUCGUUUUUUGUACUUCAUCUUGAAACAGUCUGGUAUUGAGAUGCAAAGGGAUUGUUAAAUCGUCAGGGUAGAACCUGCAUUGACUUCCUGAAAAAUUGUAUUCAAUUUCGGAGAAAAUUUUAUAAACUUUGCUUUGACAGA